CUAAAGCGGGCAACUUCAUGAUUAACUUUAUUUUUACUUAUUUUUAACCGUGUGCCCAACACACAAGAUAACGCCAUUUCCGUUUAGCGUCUCUCUCUCUCUCUCUCUACGAGCUUCAAACACCAAUGGCAACUGGUUUGCUCCGGCGAGCGAUAACUAAAGUUCCGGCGUCGGUGCCGGCUGCAAGAAUAAUCCUGAUCCGAGCCUACGCAUCGGAAGCUCAGGCCCAACUGGUGGAGCCGAAGGCGAAGUCUACCAGUGACCCUAAGACCUUCCAAAUCUACCGGUGGAACCCGGACAGCCCGCAGAAGCCCGAACUGCAGAAUUUCGAUAUUGACCUCAAGGAGUGCGGGCCUAUGGUUCUCGAUGCCCUAAUCAAGAUCAAGAACGAGAUCGACCCAACCCUGACCUUCCGUCGCUCCUGCCGUGAGGGAAUCUGUGGUUCCUGCGCUAUGAACAUUGACGGUAGAAAUGGGCUUGCUUGUUUGACCAAGAUCCCAUCUGGGCCGUCCACUAUGAUUACCCCCUUGCCACACAUGUUUGUGAUCAAGGAUCUUGUUGUGGAUAUGACCAAUUUUUACAACCAGUAUAAAUCGAUUGAACCGUGGCUGAAGAGGAAGAAUCCACCGGAGACGCCAGGAAAGGAGAUUUUGCAGAGCAAGGCGGACAGAAAGAAGCUUGAUGGAAUGUAUGAGUGCAUUUUGUGUGCCUGCUGUAGCACGUCCUGUCCCAGCUACUGGUGGAAUCCCGAGUCUUAUCUCGGGCCAGCCGCGCUUCUCCAUGCCAAUCGAUGGAUCAUGGACAGUCGUGAUGAAUACACGAAGGAGCGCUUAGAGGCUGUAAACGAUGAGUUUAAACUCUAUCGAUGCCAUACUAUUUUGAAUUGUGCUAAAGCUUGCCCGAAGGGACUGAAUCCCGGAAUGCAAAUUCAGAACAUCAAGAAACUUGAGCGUACGAGUUAAUAAGUUCCUCAGAAUUAUGAAAACAGCCACUGCUUUAGGGAGGAAUUGUUAUUCAGGACAGAUUGAAUAUGUUUUGUGAGGGAAAAUAAUGUAGUCCAUUGUAAGUUUUGGAAACUUUGUCUAAUCCUAUUUUUGUGCCUCAAGAAAAAGUCUUCUUUUAAUAAUAAAUGUUAACUGAGCUCUUUAUUGUUCUAUUUUUCAA